AUGGUUCUCCAAAACGACAUCGAUCUCCUCAACCCUCCUGCUGAGCUCGAGAAGACAAAGCACAAGCUCAAGCGUCUCGUGCAAUCUCCCAACUCCUUCUUCAUGGACGUCAAGUGCCAGGGAUGCUUCAACAUAACAACUGUGUUCAGCCAUUCGCAAACAGUGGUAGUGUGUGGAAACUGUCAGACUGUUCUCUGCCAGCCCACCGGAGGCAAAGCGAGGCUCACAGAGGGCUGCUCCUUCAGGAAGAAGUGA